AAAUAUCGUCAGACGUUCGCGGAAGACGAUGUACAUAGAUUAUAAUUCCGGAGACUUUUUACACGCCUACGUGAUUGCCAAGUUUCGGGAGCAUAUUGUAGUUAAAGGCAAUAAUUCUAGUUUAAAAUGUGCACGUCUUGGUUAAUAUAUAGAACUCUCUAACUCCCAAUAAUUUAAAUUUUAAGCAACAAAAGCAAUAACAAAAAAGAAAAAAAGAAGGCAAUUCGCGUCCACACAAAUACAAGUACAAUAACUGCGAGACAUUAAGUCCAUUUGCUACAAAAAAUAUGGCGAAGGCGAAUUAGUGCAAUCUUGGAAACUUUCAUAUGUACAUACAUAGUUAAAAUUGAUAUAAAUUGUGUUCAGAGUGAAGCCAAUCAAAGGACCCCAACAAAAAGUGAGAGAGGAGGACAUUGCUCAAAGUCAAAGCAUUAGGAGAACGAAGCGACGCCACAAAGCGGCAUACGGAGAAUACGGCAAAAGGAGAGCAAAAGCAAAAGCAAAAGCGACGGGUCAAAAGUAAAGUGCAUACUGUGCGGGGGGUAGUGCUGACGAAAAAUAUGCGCCCGUUGUAGAACCAACUGAAGAAGAAGAAGAAGCAGAAACAAUAAGCAAUAUUAUAAUAAUAGCAACUAGCAGCCAAUAAAUACCACAAAGAACGCAUGCGUGGGUAGCCGAGGUCGAGUCGAAGAUGUUGAUAAUUUUUCUGCCUGACGCUGCUACUGCUGCCUUAAUGCCAGUUUAAUAUCAACUACCUCCAACAAUAAUAAAAGCAACAAUAAACAAAAAAAACAAAAGAAUUAAUCGUAAGAGCAGCAGCCUUUGCCUAGCUACACUGAGUGACAGCAAGACGAACGCCACCUACCGUCGACCGUACGCACAACACGAUAGCGAGAGUCUGAGCAAGAGCCUUAAACGUCACAAUAACAAAAAAAAAAAAAAGCAAUACAAACAACGGCAAAAACAAAUAAUAUUAAAAACAAAGACCAGCGAGACACCUAGACGCUUGCGUUGCACAUGUGCAUGUGUGUGUCGGUGUGCGUGUGCGUGUCCGUGUCGGCGUCUGUGUCCGUGUCCGUGUCGUAGUAGUAGCUCGUGGUGCUGCUACCCGUUCCCCUCCUGCUACCACCACCCAUACACGAACGGGCAACUGGGGUUCCGGUGGGCGGCGGAUCCGUGAUUGACUGUUAUCACAUUGCCUUGCCCGCCAAUAUGGCGUGCCUUAACACACUAAAGCAAGAAAUCAAAACACUGGAGAAAAUCUUUCCGAAGAACCACGAACGUUUUCAGAUACUCAAUUCCAGCGUAGAUGAACUUUUGUGCAGGUUCAUCGAUAAGAAUGGCAAGCGUUACGACAUACAUGCAAACAUAACGGAAACUUAUCCAUCAUCGCCGCCAGUUUGGUUUGCCGAAAGCGAGGAGACGAGCGUUACAAAUGCCGUGCAAAUCCUUAGCAACACAAAUGGCCGCGAUAAUCAUGUGAUUAAUCAGGUUGGCAUAUUGCUACGUGAGCUAUGCCGUUUACAUAAUGUUCCACUGCCACCCGAUAUUGAUAAUUUAACGCUGCCGCUACAGACGCCGCCGCCCUCCGCAUCGCCGUUACGCUUGGAGCGUGGCGGUGGCGGGGGCGUUGGCGGUGGGCCGGGACCGCAUGGCAACGAGGAGACCGACUCGGAUCAGGAUGAGAUUGAGGAUCCCAUCGGCGAGAGCGAACAGGAGAGCGAGGGCGACGAGGAUCUACCAUUGGAAAUGGACGAUGUACGGAAUACAAAUAAACAGAAAGAUGACAUGGAGGUGGAACAUUUAGCGACUUUAGAAAGACUGCGUCAAAGUCAAAGACAAGACUAUUUAAAAGGUUCAGUUUCUGGUUCAGUGCAGGCAACCGAUCGCCUCAUGAAGGAACUACGUGAUAUUUAUCGGUCCGAUGCGUUCAAAAAGAACAUGUACUCGAUUGAGCUGGUGAACGAUUCCAUUUAUGAAUGGAAUAUACGGCUCAAAUCUGUGGAUCCGGACAGUCCCCUACACAGCGAUCUGUUGCAGCUGAAGGAGAAGGAGGGCAAGGAUAGCAUACUGCUGAACAUACUCUUCAAGGAGACGUAUCCAUUCGAGCCGCCUUUCGUUCGUGUCGUGCAUCCCAUCAUCUCAGGUGGCUAUGUGCUCAUCGGCGGUGCCAUUUGCAUGGAACUGCUGACCAAACAAGGCUGGAGUUCCGCCUACACAGUCGAAGCCGUGAUCAUGCAAAUUGCCGCGACGCUGGUCAAGGGCAAGGCGCGCAUACAAUUUGGUGCUACCAAGCAGGCGCUCACCCAGGGUCAAUACAGCUUGGCACGGGCCCAACAAAGCUUCAAAUCGCUAGUGCAGAUCCACGAGAAGAAUGGUUGGUUCACGCCGCCGAAGGAGGAUGGCUAAGGUUUGUUUGUCGUUUAACGAGUUCUGUAAGCUUAAGGAACGGAACGGACGUUUGCCAAGUUCGUCGCCGCGCUCAUCCAUAUAAAAAACCUAACCCAAAAAAUACCAGACACAUGCGGCUAGAUAAGCCACAUCCGAGUGUAUCAGUAGAAGAAGCAGAAGCCUCAGCCAGAGCCGGCGCAGCAGCCGGCGCAGUAGCAGCAACAGCAGAAGCAGCAGAAGCAACAGCAAAAGCAAAAGCAGCAUGCAAAAUCGAACCCGCCAUUCAAACAUUAUUUCUAUAAUGAACGUUGCCGUCGUUCACGUCGUUAAGUUCUGCAAUUUGUGUAUACUUGAUAAAUACAUGCAUAUAUGCUUACACACAUACAUACAUACAUAAUGCAAAUAAAUCGAAUUAAGAUUGUAAUCUAUAA